CAUUGAAUCAAUGCUUAAAUACAAGAGUACAUUCAUACACAGAGAAUCAAAGGACUGUCCGAAGCUUUACCAUGAUGGCUCUAACUGCUUUAUGUGUAAUGAUAUGUAUUCUUUACAAGGCUGAUGGGAUGAGCAUAAAGGACAACAUGCAAGGGUCCACACGGGUGAUCCGGGAAAUUAAUGCCCCAGCACAAAUAAACUGCAAAAUGAGUGCCUGGUCCCAGUGGAUACCCUGCGACCCAUGCACCAAUACAACGCAUCGCUCUAGAGGUAUUGAGGUCUUUGGUCAGUUUAAAGGAGUUAGGUGCAUAGAACCUAUUGGAGACCGUAAGCACUGUAUUGCAACUACCCAGUGUCAGAUGGACCCUCCACCUGUCUGCAAAAGCACUCAAUGGAAGUGUGCUUCAGGGCUGUGUAUAAACAAAAAUCUGAUGUGUAAUGGGGAUUACGACUGCAGUGAGUCUGAUUUGUCUGAUGAGGAGGACUGUGACAUCAUCAGGGCACCUUGUGGCAAAUCGUCACCAGUGGAGUCUGACAUAGCCUCUAAAGCUGGAUACGGAAUAAAUAUUCUGGGAUCUGAUCCUCGAAUGAAUCCAUUUAAUAAUAGAUUCUAUAAUGGCCAAUGUAACCGCAUCAGAGACCCAACCACAUUGGAAUAUAACAGAUUACCCUGGAACGUUGGAGUUCUUAGCUAUGAGACAAAGGUGGAAGAGAGUAGCUCUAAGGAGGUAUAUGAGGACAUCCACUCUUUAAUAAGAGAGAUAACUACAGAAACCAGCUUUGGUGUUGACAUGGGCUUGAACUUCAAGAUAACACUCACUGAGCACUCCGGUGCUGGUGAGGGCGACGAUGCUGCUGGCAAUGGCUUCAAGCCUAGCAUAUCAGGAGGGAUCAGUGCUAAUUAUGAAAAAACAAAAAUAAUCAAAGAGCUUUCAGAAUACACAGAGAUCAAGCGAAAGUCCUUCAUGAGAGUUAAAGGCAAAGUGCAGUUAGCCACAUACAGGAUGAGGCAGCGAGGCUUGGAAGUAACGCCAACAUUUCUGGAUGAUGUGGAUGCACUGCCACUCAAAUAUGAGAAGGGACAGUAUUUUUCUUUCUUGGAGGACUACGGAACACACUUCACCAAGAAUGGAAGGUCUGGUGGAGAAUAUGAACUUGUUUACAUAAUGAAUGAGGAUGUGGUCAAACAAAAACAGGUCAGUGAAAAAAUGCUGAAGGACUGUUUUGAGUUUGGAAUUAAAGCUGACUUCCAGCUAAUCAAAGACGUUGGGAUAGAAGGACACGUAAAACCAAAUUACUGCAAGAGUGUGAAUACAAAGCCCACAGAUGAGAAGACCAAGAAGGGGCUUAUCGAUAAGGUGCUGAUCUCAGUGAGUGGGGGCAGUUCAGAGUCAGCAGUAGCCAUGAAGUCUCAGCUUACUAAAGAGGGCAUACUAGAUUAUACUCAAUAUGUGAAUUGGGCAAAGACCAUCUCUCUUCUGCCUGCUCUCAUUCACAGUGAUCCUGAACCAAUCUACAACGCCAUCCCUUUGGACUUUCCUGAUGCUCAGCCGAGGCGGGACAAUCUUCGAAGGGCCCUGGAUGACUAUGUGGCUGAGUACAGUGUGUGUAAAUGCCAGCCAUGCCAGAACGGUGGCACUGUGAUGCAGAUAGAUGGGGAUUGUAAAUGCAUGUGCUCACCAGGGACUGAGGGUGUCGCGUGCCAGAUCAUUGACACAGAACUGGCGAAAGGUAAAGCCUUUGAACAGCUGGGGAACUGGGGCUGCUGGUCUGCCUGGUCCAUAUGCACUGGGGGCCGUCACACACGGUCACGUAGCUGCAAUAGUCAAGGCGUCCAAAAUGGAAUAUGCAAAGGAGAUACAGUCAAUGAAGAAUACUGCUAAGAAACAUAAACUCACACAUACAAACAUGAAUUAUCAUUGAUUCUUUAAAAAUUAGUCAUGUCACAUGUAUUUCUAUAGCAUAUUUAAAAAGAAACCAAUGUUUACCAAAGUGCUGUACAAUUAAAUCAAACAAAAUAAAAAACAAGUGAUGUAUCAUGUCACAUAAA